CUGAUAAUGAGCCAUAUAUAAAGCGCGACUGGGCACUUUGAACCCUAAAACAUUGUUACCACUGAGCGUGGUUGAUUGAUGCCCAUGGAUUGUCGUUUACCCAUCUUGCUUGCCCUAGCGGUAGGCAUUCACGGGGGUCCGACAAGAUUAACUUCAUUGCAACAGACAACUUCGUGCUCAAAAGAAUGCACAGAUAGCAACAAGUUUAAGCUGAAUGUCGGUAGCACCUACCAGUACAAUUAUGAGGCCGAGACUCGAACCUCACUACAAGGUGCAUCAAGCCCAGCGUCUGUCAUAGGCCUCACUGCCAAGGUCUUGGUACACGUCGAGUCAAAAUGUGAACUCAUUCUCAAGGUGAAGGACUCAUCUCUGACUGCUAGUGACUCCCAGACAUACCAGAGCCCGGAGCAGAAGGCCCUGUUCACUCGGGCCCUUGAACGCUUCCCCAUGAGACUCAGUCACCAAGAUGGCGUCGUCAGUGCCGUGUGCCCUACGGACGCAGAUCCAACAUGGGUCGUUAACGUCAAAAAGGGAAUCUUAUCAGCUCUGCAGAACUCCAUGCAGGAUCUGGGCAUGGGAACCAAUACAACUGAGAGUGAUGUGACAGGCCGUUGCGAGACUGAGUACUCACUCAUACAGCAGGGCUGGAGUUCACGCACACUUCGCAAGGUGAAGGACCUCACAACCUGCACCAACAGACAGGGCUUCACCAGCGCAAUCCAGACUGCUCCAUUCCAAGCAGCCGAGGGUAUGAAGUCGGUGCCCCUCGUGAAGAGUAGCCAGUCAUGUGACCAGGAUGUGAGCAGUCAGGGUGUGAUCACACGAGCCCUGUGUCAUGAGGUGCACACGUUCAGACCAUUCUCCAGUGAGACAGGGGGAGCCACUACUGAAGUCUCGCAGAAACUGACUUUCAGCAAAGAACUCAAAGCACACCGAGACAGCUCUUUCUAUAGUGCUGAUGCUGGGGAGCCCCAGGAACUCUACUACAAACAUGAAGCCGAUACGUCUGUGUCAGAUAGGUCAUCAAGAGACGCACUAGAUGUAAUCAAUAAGCUGUGUGGGCGAGAACUCACUGAGGUCUCAAACGAAACAAGCCAGCAGUUCGGAGAGUUAGUCAAUGUUCUACGAAAGAUGGACCUGCCAAACUUGCGGCAGGUGUACCAGGAGGUUCUCCGAGACUCAAUCUGUACGAAAAAUGUGGAGAGGGUCAGGAAGUUUGCCUUGGAUGCGUUCAUAAUGGUGGGCACAGAUGCUGGUGUGGAGUUGAUGUCGAUGCUAGUGUCGUCUGGUGAACUGAAAGGCAUGAUGGCAGAGGCCUGGUUGAGUGCUCUUGCAUUCAUCAACAACCCCACCACCCAGAUGAUCUUCCAUGCACAGUCCCUUUUGCGGGUGCCAGGUAUGGAGACACGGGCGCUGGUCCCAGUGUCGGCGCUGGUGGCGUCCUACUGCCACCGCAACCCUUCAUGUGGAGACCAACUGGAGGUGGCGGACUUCAUUGACAGCCUCCAACGAAAUCUCGAGCAGGGACAAUGUAAAACGGAUGAGCAAAACUUCAGAAAGGUGAUGCUGAGUCUGCGGGCCCUUGGUAACCUGGGUCACAUCAAGCCCCUUGUAUCCGUACUGAAGACCUGCCUUAGCAACGCUGACAACCCUGUUGACAUUCGAGUGGCCGCGAUACAGGCAUUCCGUAGGAUUGACUGUGGGGAAGAUAUGAGCAGCCUGAUUGGGGUGUUCCGAGACACAAGUGUUGACUCAGAGCUUCGCAUCAAUGCCUACCUUGCUGUGGUUAGGUGCCCCAGCCCUGACGCCUUGUCUCAGAUCAGACAGGUGCUGGAAACUGAGACAGUGAACCAGGUUGGAUCGUUUGUCUGGUCACACCUGACCAAUCUGCUAGAAAGUUCUGACCCUGAAAACCGUUACAUCCAGCAGUUGCUAGGAGAUGGCGUCCUAAAACCGGAGUUCGACCUCCAUAAACUGAAGUUUUCCAGAAACUAUGAGGGAUCAUUCUAUGUUAACCAGUGGAACGCUGGAGCAAAAGUGGACAGCAACCUACUAUGGUCAAGCAACUCAUUCGUGCCCCGGUCAGCAAGCCUCAACCUAACAACAACUUUGUUUGGUGCACCAUUGAACCUUCUGGAACUUGGGGGCCGUGUCGAGGGUUUGGAGACUCUACUUGAGACUUACCUGGGGCCUGGCAAGAGCGCUAACGACAUCCCAGACCCAGAUCCCAGCCAUGCUAGCCUCAGCCGGAAAAAGAUCAAAGACAUUCGAUCACAGGCCCAGAAAAAGCAGAACCAACUGCGGGGAGCUUUCUUCAUGAGGAUGUUUGGUAACGAACUCUCGUACAACAUGUAUGGAGCCAACAAUGGUGUGGAAGAAGACACAAUGCAAGCAGACGUUCUGAAAAUCAUUGACAAGCUGGCUAAAAACAAGAUGCAAGACUUCUCUAUCACGAAGAACACAAUGUUCAUUGACAGUUCGUACACUAUUCCGACAGUGAUUGGUCUGCCGUUACGUCUGACUGUGAAUGGGUCCACAACUGUUGCUCUGAAUGUGGAUGGUACUGUGGACAUCAAGGAUCCUAAGAGUGGGGUUCUGAUAGAAGGCAACUUUGAACCAAGUGGCUCUGUGGUGCUGGAGUCCAGUAUGACGGUUGAUGCCAUGGUUACCAGGGGUGGCCUGCAGAUGGUGUCAACUCUGUUCACAAGCAUGGGUGCCAAGGGACGCAUUCAGCUGACUGGAUCAGACGUGUUUGACCUCUCAUUUGAUAUCACCAAGGAGAAGAAUGAGAUCAUCACUGCCUCGAGCAAGCUGUUCAUGGUGUAUGAUGGUGUACAGAAGAAGAUGGACAUGGCUGCCUCCAAGGCAAAUGACAAGUCAUACUGCACUGGAGAGCAGGUUACACAGUGGACAGGUGUACAGUUCUGUGCAAGUCUCUCACUGCCCGACAAUCAGGGCCGCUCGGAAAUCCCCAGCUUCCCCUUGAAUGGACCUGCAGAGUUUAGUCUGGUGAUGAACAAACGUGACCUUCCCAAUGGAUACAAGCUUGAGGCAAAGUCUAUUAAGACUCCAGACAUGACCCUGUUGAGACUGAUGUCAGAUACGCCCGGGUCGGUUCAGAGUCGCGCUGUUGGUGUAGACGUGACACUCAACAAGGCUGCCAACUCUCUGGAAGCUAACCUCAUAUCACCCUGGAAACAGGCUGUACUUACAGGUCAGAUGUGGAACAGUGGGACAGUUAAAGGCAUUGUAGGCAAGCUGGAUGUUGACAACGGUGCGCGUGUGUACACAAUGGAUGCUAAGAUUCAUGUAGAACAGAAAGGCAAAAGCGCCACCUACAGGCCGACAGUGAACCUCACCAUCCCGGACUGGAAGAACCUGCAGAUAGUGGGCAGUGUGACAUAUAAGGAUAUGGAGUCUGUAGAUUCGGACCUGCAGAUCACUGGGGCCACUGAGAGCCCAAUAAAUGUCACCGCACAACUGAUGAACGCUGACAAACAGAAGGGAGUGAAGUUGACGUUGAAUGCAGACAAAGGGAUUGGAUACCAGUUUGAAGCGAUGACCAAUCUAGAUAUAGAAGUGAAGAAGAUACGAUCUCGUCACGCAUUCAAACCACGAGUGUAUGUCCGAACACCUACUGACGAACUGGUUGAAUUCAACGCUGACAUCGAGUACAUCUUGGACAAAAGCCUCAAGAUUCAAUCCAGGCUUGAAAAGAUAACUAAGAUUCCAUUCAUAUUCAGCAUGAAUAUGACUCAGGCAUAUAUUACUGCCAAGAAAAGUUCCAGUUACGAGGUUGUAGCGACUCUGAACGGCCCAAAACUGAAAAAUAGGCUGGCGUUGAAAUAUGACAACAGAGCCAACAAGAAUGUCAACACGAAGGUUGUAUUGCAAUAUGAAAUCAUGAAAAAGGAAUGGAGUGACACCAUUAGUGUAGAUGGCCGAUUGAUAAAUAACGUCAUGAAGAACAAGCAGAUUAUCAAAGGAUCAAGCUCGCUGAAUUUCAAACAGAGGCCAGAGUGGAACUCAGUAACUACAUUAACGUACGCAAUGGAUCCUCAGAAGCUUAACCUUGAUGCCAAUGUGAAGUAUGGAGUGAAUUUGAAGGCCAAGAACACAAAGGACCAGGUUCAAGUGUCCGUGGCUAGUACCUUUAGGAAAAGAGGGGUUGAUACCAUGACUAACUACACCGCCAAACUUGAAAUGCCCUCUCAGAAUAUCAGCAUAAUGGUAAAGGGAGGGCAGGUGCACAGUGACAAGCAAGUGGAGAGUGAUGUCACCAUCACGUACCAUCCAAAGAAGACGGUCGGGUUCGGAGUUCGAUACCACAACCAGUCCGCAAGGUACGCGUUCUACUCUGGAGGGUUGACCAUCACCCUUCCAGAGGAACGACAGAUGAUGUUUGCUGGAGAGUUUGGGAGGAAGGAAGAGAACAGAUACAUCAGUAAUCUGGAGUUUGAGGUCAUUAAGGGCCGGAGGACAAAGAUUAAUACCAUCUUGAAGGUCGCCACAAACCAGAUGUAUGAGGUUGAGUUAGGUUUGAGUUUGCCUGACCUUGAACCCGUACGUGUUAUUGGCGCCUACAAUCAACGCGACAAGGGGUACUCUGGAGAGGCCUUUUUCAAGAAGGGCGAUAAAACGUACAGGAUUCUGGGUGAGGUGAAGCACGAGGUCAGUAAGGUGACCUCAGUCAUGCUUGAUGUUACCGUGCCAACGCGACGCGUGAAGUUUAUCACCGCAAUGGAGAAGCUGGACUCAGAGCAUCACUACCUGUUGGACGUUCAGUGGAAUGUUGAUGUGAACAUGGAUGAGAGGUUCCUCACAAAUAUAACGUAUGAUGUAAAGAGCGUAGAUGACUUUGAAAUUAGUACCACUCUCCACUAUCCUUCUAGAACCAUCGACUUCACCAUAAAGCACAAUACCGCUGAUCGAUAUAUCACAAACAUCGAGCUAGCAUGGAGCCCUGAAGAGAAAAUCAAGUUCUACAUAAUCUUCCGUAAUGAUGUUUACAAUGGGGCUGAUCGCAGAGAAUUAGAUGUGGGGUUUGAAAGCCCCUUUAAACAGUAUGAGGAGCUUUCACUGUCAAUAUCUGCCAUUAGCAAUGACAAGCAGGUACAAACUAAGAGCAAGGUUGUAUGGGGAAGUAAACAGAAGGUACUAGUGAGCAUGACUGUGAAGUUACCUCUGACGAAACAAACCGCUGACAUCGUGGGAACAGUUACAACCCCCUUUGACGGUUUUGAGACUAUGACUCUGAAUCUGAAGCACAGAAUGUCUGAUAGGCUAGAAUCAAGUGCUUCUGCUGAAUGGGGAAGAAAACGAUUUUCUAUAAAUACUCGAGGAAACGUCAUUAUUAACCCGCUUUCAAGAAGGUUUAAUGGGAGUCUGGAGAUCCGAACACCAUUUGAAACGCUUCGUGUGCUGACAGUAAGAGGAUUGCAUCAGGACGAUAACAAAAAAUUUAGGAGUAGUUUUAAAAUUGAAAUACAAAAUUCUACUGGUCUUAGCACUGUUGAUAUUGGUAUGGACGCUGAUCAUAGUUACUCAAAAGUAUUAGGACUGAUGAACAAAGGAACGUUCACAGUGACUGCUCCAGGUGAAAAUAUCACCACGGUAUGGGAGGUGAGUCAACUCUCUGGCAGCACAAAGGCCCUGCUGGACAUUCAGCCCAUGAGGGGAAACCGGUUUAAACUGGAAAUCGGGGAGACGCACUCAUUGCUUUUGACAGGCAAUAAAAUCUCAUCGAAAUUCGAACUUCUUAUUCCGACGGAAAACUUGCGUCAGUUUGUUGUAACAUUUAACCACGAGGACAGACCUGGUUUUGUCAGUACUGUGGGUGGGGUAACUAAGGACAACCUUGAGAUCAUGGCUGCUAAUGUUAAAUUCCAAAAAUCAGCAACCUAUUUGGGCCUCGACGUGCUUAUAACAAGCAUUUAUUCUGAAAAUUUGAUUUUUAAAGUAUCUUCAGUUCACAGCAUAAUGCCAUAUCGUGCUAAUUUGGAACUUAGCUGGGGUGAGACACCUUACAAAAUUUUGGCUGAUUCAAAUGUUUUCUUCAAUGACUUUGGACUUCAUGAUUACAAAAUUACUAUAACUACACCGAUUCAAGGAGCAAGAAGUAUUGUUUUGACUGAGAAAAGACAGCGUAAUGGACUGAAAUGGGAAACAAACACAAAAAUCACAGUUGAUCAACAGAGCGUCACCUGCAGUGUACUGUAUAGAUAUGACCAUGAAAAAUUCACACAGAUAUCUUUGUCUUCAUCGUUUCCCCAGUUCCCUGGUUUGACUGCUGUGAUGCGUUUGGAUGGAAUGGAGACCAAUUUUAACGGUGAUGCUUCAUUCCAAAUGGCUCCAUAUGUUGGCAAGAUAAGCACUGACUUUAAGUGGCUGUAUUACGAAGGUUCAAGAAUUUCAGGAUCGGUUAAUCUGAAUACACCAUUCCCGACCUAUCCGUACAUGAAGUCCAAGUUUGAUAGUGAUGUCAUGGGGGUGAGUCGUGUUUCCACUCUUGAGGUUGAAUAUUUACCCACGCAGGUUAUUAAAGCAAUUCUUGAUCAUAGAUUUACCUCACUGGAAACUCUAGAGGGAACGCUUAAGGUAACAAGUCCAUUCACCGAAAACAAGGAGGUGGUAGCAGGCUUCACACAUGUGGGCACAAUGAAAGACUUCAAAACCAAUGCCAAAAUCACCUGCGACUGCAUCACAAGGCCAGUCUUCACUGAAGCAAUAUUUUCAUUGAAGAAUGGCGUCAUAUCAAAGUUUGUAAUGGAAAGCCCAUUUAGAGGCUACGAGACCUGUUAA